UGUUAGCUCAGACCAAAUUUUUCAAGAGAAAAAGAGCGAGUAUUUUCCAUAUUCAAGAACCCAAAUUUUUGGCAAGAAAAUAUGGGUGGAAUUGUGUAUCAGUAUCACUCUGUGCUUCGGUACCCGGCAUUCUUAUCUUUCAGUAAGCAGCCCAAGCUGGGAAAACCUAUUUUCUCACUCAAAGACAUUGCAGAUGUGUCUUCACCGUUUGAGAGGAAGGGGCUGAAGUUAACCGUGUCCUGCGUUGGAUCUGAUGAAGGAAGCGGAAGAGGUCAAUCUUCUAGGAGAAGUUCAGGUUCAGGAAGAACACGGAAAAACGAUGAAACUAAGAAAGCUCGAGGUGGGAGAAAGUCCAAGUCAUCUAAUCAGGAAGAAAUCAUUUCUCUGUUCAGGCGGAUACAGUCAUCGAUAUCGAAAGAAGUAGACUCUGUAGAUACUGAGAAGAUAAACUCCAAUGCAUCGGAAGAGAAGCCGCCCUCUGCUGAGUCAAUUCUUAGGGUUCUUCAAGGUGGAUCAAUAAAGCAAAAAGAAGAAGCUAACCAGGAAAGAGAAAAGGUUGAUAUGAAAGAGGAGCAAAUACAGGCUAAUCCAUCAAUUACAGACUUCAAGUUAAUGAGGCCACCAUCCAAAUUCGUGAAGAGGUCUCCAAUUCCGUCUUCAUCAAACAAUUCAAGCCCACCAAGAAAGCUUCUUGAGAUGAAUAAUGGAGCAUCACUUGCCACAGCUGGAACCAAGGAGUUAGAGUUGGAAACAAUAGAAGAAAUGAAACUCCCUGAGCUGAAAGAACUGGCAAAGUCUAGAGGGAUCAGAGGUUAUUCAAAACUCAAAAAGAGGGAGCUUGUGGAACUGUUGAAGUCCUAAAAACAAUGUAAAACCUUUUGUUCUCAUCAGAUUGUGCCUUUUGUUCUUGAAGACAUGGAUUCAAUGUCGAGUAAUUGAGAUGCUGUGCGGUACCAUGCUUAUGUAACAUACUCUUAACAAGAAAUCCAAUUUUGGAUGCAACUGA